AUGGGUUUUGCCACAAGAGGACGGUUCUACCUACCACUGGGCUGCAUGAUGCUGAUCAAUCUGAUUAAUGCUGACUUUGAAUUUCAAAAGGGGGUGCUUGCCAGUAUCAGCCCAGGCAUCACAGAAGAUAUUGAUUUCCAAUGCUGGAAUUCUUGCUCUUUGACAUUGAUAGAUCUCAAGGAACUCAAGAUACAGCACAAUGUGGACGCUUUCUGGAAUUUCAUGUUGUUUUUGCAAAAAUCCCAGCGGCCUAGACAUUAUAAUGUCUUCUUAAGCAUAGCUCAGGAUUUCUGGGACAUGUAUAUAGACUGCUUGCUCUCACGAUCUCAUGGAAUGGGCAGAAGACAGGUGAUGCCUCCCAAGUAUAAUUUUCCGCAGAACAGGAGGUAA